AUUGUAGCUCGGGACUAAAUCACGGGCAUGUCCGCUCUCAGGCUUCUCUCUGCUACAGGAGAAGGAGAGAAAGAAGAAGAUUGUUCUUCUUUUUGUGUACGAAUUUCUUAUACCGAUUACACCAUAAUCAAUUCAGUGUAUUUGAAAAUGCUACAGUUUUAUUUCUCAGUCAAUGUAUUUCAGUUCUUUGAUUACGUAAUUACAUGUUUGCAUAUUCUAAUCGAUCAUAUUACAUUGUAGAUAACGAGGAGCAGAUAAUCCAAUCUUAUAACCUUUGCAUAGAUUGAUAAACUUAGGCAGUAGCAUAUAGUUCAAUUUCUAAUACGAACAUUUAAAAGUAAUUUAAUGAGAUAAAUGCAACAAAAUCUGAAUGGCAAAAUAAGAAAAAUGAGAAUAAAAAAACUGGAAAGAUUUGUAUUUUAAUGCUUUAUUACAAAAAGUUAAACAAUUUUCUUAACAAUAAUCGUGUUAUAUUGACAAUUGCAGUAGUAGCUUUAUUGCAAAAAUUUUAGUGAACAGUGUUAUUGCAACUGUAACAACAUGGGAGGUGGAGAUUUGAAUUUGAAGAAAUCAUGGCAUCCAUCAACCAUGAAAAAUAUGGAGAAAGUAAGAAAAGCUGAACAGCAGAAUAAUCAAGAGAAUAAAAGGAUAGCCGAGUUAAAGAAGCAAAUUGAAAUGGAAAAAGAUCGGGAAGAUAUAAAAAAGUAUGCUAUGGAACAAGGUGUAAUAGAAAAUAAAGAUAAUAAGAAAUUGGAUUGGAUGUACAAAGGACCUAAUCAAAUGGUCAAUAGAGAAGAAUAUUUGUUAGGAAGGCCAGUUGACAAGGCUUUUGAACAAAUGCAGCAGGCGGAAAAAGAUGCAGAGUUUAAUAGAAUGCCAAAGAAUCAUGUCGAAUAUGAAUGCAUUCCACCUUCACUGCGAUUUUUCUCUGGUAAUGAACAAGUGGAUCUGGCUAGAAAAAUACAAGAGGAUCCUCUAUAUGCUAUAAGGAAGAAAGAAAUAGAAAGUAGGAAUCAACUUUUGAAAAAUCCUGUUAAACUGAAACAACUUAAAGAAUUGCUAGAGCAGCAAUCGUCAAAAAGUAAGCGAAAAGAAAAAAAGAAAUCGAGACAAAAGAAUAGUAGCGAAGAUGAAACGAAAUUAGAUAUGUUGUUAGCUACCAAAUAUAAACAGUUAAAAGAUAAUAUUAGUGAAAAAAACUUGUUAAAAUCGAUGAAAAAAAUAAAACAUAAUCGAAUAAAAAAGUCAAAAAAACAUUGCCAUGAUUCUGAUAGUGAAACGUCAGACAGUUCUGAGGACACUUCUGUUAAGAAAAAACACAGACGGCGAAAAAAGCGAAAGAGAAGUACAAGUGAUAAUGAUGAUGACGCUAUUGAUAACAGUAGUAGCGAAAGUAUUGUCAAAUAUGAAAAGGAAAGUAAAAGAAAGGCAUAUGAUAGGAAACAUUCGACAGAUGAUAUGAAGCUAGACGACAGUAAAAAACAAGUUAGGAGAAAAUUAAGCGAAGAUAGAAGCGAGAGAAGCAAAAAGUACAGAGAAGAAUAUAAACAUAAUACAAAUAAUAAACAGAAGCAAUAUGAAGAUAAUAAGGAAAGAAGUAAUUCAAAGAAUAAAUAUGAUGAUAGAAGAAUAUAUUCACCGAAGAAACAAACUGAUACAAUGAUAUAUACUAAUAAAAAAAUGUCGGUAAUUAAAUCUGACAUCGAUUAUAAAUUAAAAAAUAAAAAAGAAGAAGGAUAUCAAUCAAAAGCAAGAUCAAGUUUUACAGAGGAGGAAAAAGAACAACGGCGAAAAGAAAUGAUGGCAAAUGCAGUGUGGCGUGAUAAAGAAAGAGAGAAAAAUGUACAAAUCUAUCGUGAGCAAGAAAAGAAGGAAGAGCACAAUACAUCGUAUAAUAAGGAUUUUAUCAGGAAACAAUUGAUUGUUGCAACAGAAAUGGGUACGAUCGCAUCUAGAAUCAAAGCAAACAUUAACAACAUACAACGAUCUGAUCGAGCCAUGGAUACAAAUUUUGCUAAAAGAUGAUUUUUAUCUGUGAUCAUAUAUAUAUUUUGUACAAUUACACAAUACUGGAAUUUUCAUACGAAAAUUAUAUACAUAAAAAUGUUUUGAAAAUUAUACUAUACAUAUAAUACA